UUUGAAUUUAAAAUGAAACCAGGAGCCAAUAAAUUGGGGCAACGAAGGAUCGAUCUAAAUAUCAGUACAAAGACUAAGGAAAAAGCUGAAAUCGUCAAGAGCUACAUCGAAGGGAAAUACGCACGGAAACGGAAUGAAGAGAAAGAGAGAAAGGAAGGCUGGGAUCUCCUCAGGGCUAAAAUGGACCUCCUCAACCUCACUCCCCAUGAGAAGGAACUCAUCAAACAAGAUGUGCUACAUAAAGAAGCUGAAUUGAAUAGAAAGGCAAGGAAAUAAAAUCACUAUUUUUGAAUAUGAGCCUUUGGAUAUUAUAGGAAGAGGUGCCUUCGGAGAAGUCAGAAUCUGUCGCCACAAGAGCACAGGAGAGGUAGUCGCUAUUAAGAAAAUGAAGAAGAAGGAAAUGUUAAUGAAAAAUCAAAUUGCACAUGUUAGAGCGGAGAAAGAUAUCCUGUCAAAUGCUAAUAAUUCAUGGAUAGUCGAACUUAAAUGCUCUUUCCAAGACCCUAAUAAUCUUUACUUGGUGAUGGAAUAUUUACCAGGAGGUGACUUGAUGAACCUUCUUAUUAAAAAGGACAUCCUCUCUGAGGAAGAAUCUAGGUUUUAUAUGGGAGAGAUGAUCCUUGCCAUUGAAACUGUCCAUAAGCUCAAUUAUAUUCAUAGAGACCUUAAACCUGAUAAUGUUUUGUUAGAUGCAGAUGGCCAUAUAAAAUUAACAGAUUUUGGACUCAGCAAGCAUGCUGAGAUUAGAUCAAAUACUGAAAAAGAAAAACAAGAUAAAUAUGAAAUUAAAAGAUCGUCAAAUUUCAAAGCUUUACAAAUGAUGCUUAAUAAGAAACUUGGAUACAAAAGAGAUCGGCAGCUUGCCUUCUCAACAGUCGGUACUCCUGAUUACAUUGCUCCUGAAGUCUUUGCUCCCAAAGGCUACGAUGAGUGAGUUGAUUGGUGGUCAGCCGGAGUCAUUCUGUUCGAAAUGCUGGUCGGGUACCCUCCGUUCUUUUCGGAUGACUCCAGUGUCACAUGUCAGAAGAUCCUCCACUGGAAGAAAACACUGGCCAUUCCAUCUGAAGCCAACUUGUCUCCUGAAGCCGAAGACCUCAUCCGAAGCUUAAUCACUGAUGCUGACAAGCGACUUGGCAGAAACGGAGCCUGCGAGAUCAAAGAACACCCAUUCUUUGAUGGCUUCGACUGGGACGGAGUCAGAGAGAGCCAGGCGCCAUUCUUGCCUGAAGUGCAUGACCCGACUAGUUCAGAGCACUUUGACAACUUUGACGAAGAAGAGCCGUUCUUGCCAGACAAGAUGGAGUACGCCAAAGAAACCAAAGUCCGGAGACAGAAAUAAGGAUCCAUACUUUGUUGACUUCACAUAUAAAGGAGAUGUUGAGCAGGAGAAGCAGAAGUAUACAUCAGCUCUUAAAGAACUAGAAGGGCUGAAUGAACAAGAGAGUAUUCCUCAGGAAGACCCUCGGAUGGGCAAGGUAUCCGUAUCUUCUAAAAUGCAAAGCCAAAAAUAUAUGAAAGAAAAGCCAAGUGAAAGUAGGUAUCAAGAAAAGGAAAAUUAUUACCAGGGACCUCAUGCUGGAAAGAGUGGGUACUCCAAAGAACCAAACUAUCAUGAAGAAUCUAAAAAUUAUAGAUAA